AUGGCUGAUCGAGAGCAUAAAAAGGAGAGUCAAGGAAUAGCACUGUUUGUCAGCCCACUUAUGAACCUAUUCCAAGUGACAAAAUACUACCAGUAUGUCCAGGCUUUCGUGUAUGCAGUUAAGGAGAUCAAUGAGAAUCCCAGGAUUUUACCAAAUGCUACACUGGGAUUCCACAUCUAUGACAGCUACUUCAACGAAAAGUUGACAUAUCAAACCACUCUGAACCUUCUUUUUAGCCAGAAAAGGACAGUCCCCAACUACAAGUGUGGCACAAAGAACAAUCUGAUAGCUGCCGUUGGGGGACUCGAUGCUGAAACCUCCUUUUACAUGGCUACCAUCUUAGGCAUCUAUAAGAUCCCGCAGGUCUCUUAUUAUUUAUUUGGUCCUUCUCGGAGUUCUAAUACCCAGUUCCCUUUCAUGUACCGCGUGGUCCCCAAUGAAGAGUAUCAAUACAUUGGAAUUGUUCAAUUACUUCUGCAUUUUGAGUGGUCGUGGGUUGGGAUCAUAACAGAGGAUAAUGAUAAAGGAGAAAAUUUUGUGGGAACCUUGAUGCCAAGACUUUCACAAAACGGCAUCUGUGCAGCAUUCACUGACAAGAUGCCAGCUCUGACAGACUUCUCUGAAAUAUUUGAAGGGUACAUGAAGGCAGAGAGUAUGCUUCAUCUUUUCAAGAACAACACAGUCAAAGCACUUGUUGUAUUUGCAGAAACUCAUUCUACAAUGAUUUUAAAAUAUUUUCUAGUACAAGCAGGAGAUAUGGCAGAUGCUCAAGGAAGAAUGUGGAUUCUGACAGCCCAGUGGGACUUCCCAGCAGUGCAGUUUCACAGGAAUUGGGAUAUACAAGUCUUCCAGGGAGCCUUGUCUUUUGCAGUCCACUCCACCGAGGUACAGGAAUUCAAAAAUUUCCUUCUGACCAUAAAUCCCUACUCAGCCAAUGGAGACAAGUUCAUCCAAGAAUUCUGGGCACAAGCUUUUGACUGUGUAUUUUUAGAUUCCCCUAUGGAUGGAGAGAACGAUGGGACCUGCACUGGGAAGGAGAAGCUGGAGAGUCUUUCUGGACCAUUUUUUGAAAUGAGCAUGACUCCCCAAAGCUAUAGUAUAUACAAUGCUGUUUACGUCAUAGCACAUGCUUUAAACACCAUGUACUCAUUGAAGUCCAAGCCCAGAGUGGUUGCAACACUUCCAAACCUUCAACCAUGGCAGAUUCAUCAUUUCCUGAAGAGAAUCUCCUUUAACAACCGUGCCGGGGACCAGUUGUCUUUGGAUGAGAAAGGUGAAUUAGAAAGUGGAUUUGAUAUUAUAAAUUGGGUUACUUUCCCUAACAAAUCCUUUUCAAGGGUGAAAGUGGGAAGGAUGGAUCCAUGGGCUUUUCCAGGCACAGAGUUCAUGAUUAGUGAGGAGAUCAUCACAUGGCACAGCAAAUUUAUGCAGAUGUCACCCUCUUCAGUGUGCAAUGACAAAUGCAGCCCAGGUUCUAUUAGGAAAAAGAAAGAUGGGGAACCAUUCUGUUGCUACGACUGUGAUGCAUGUCCAGAAGAGAUGAUUUCUGUUGCCAUGGACAUGGACAAGUGCAUCAGAUGUCCAGCAGAUCAGUAUCCAAAUAAACACCAAGAUGGAUGCCUUCCCAAACUUUUAAACUUUCUGGCUUAUGAGGAAACUUUGAGCAUCAUUUUAGCUUUCUUGGCACUUUCGUUUUCUGUGAUCACAGCUUUGGUACUCAGGAUAUUCAUUAAAUACAAAAACACCCCCAUUGUCAAAGCCAACAAUCGAAGUCUCACCUACACUCUGCUGGUCUCUCUCCUGCUCUGCUUCCUCUGUUCAUUGUUGUUCAUUGGGAGGCCUCAGAGAGCAACCUGCCUGCUACGACAAACAACCUUUGGCAUCAUCUUCUCCAUGGCUGUUUCUUCUGUGUUGGCAAAAACGACCACUGUGGUUUUGGCAUUCAUGGCUACAAGGCCAGGAUCCAGAGUAAGGAACUGGGUGGGGAAAAAACUGGCAACUUCAAUUGUUCUCUCCUGUUCUCUCAUUCAAGGAGCUAUUUGUACUGUAUGGCUCUGUACUGCUCCUCCUUUCCCAGAUUUGGACAUGGACUCUCUGUCUAAAGAAAUUGUGGCUGAAUGUAACGAAGGGUCUGCCUCUAUGUUUUACUAUGUUCUGGGAUACAUGGGAUUCCUGGCUCUUGUCAGCUUCAUUGUGGCUUUCUUUGCUAGGACAUUGCCCAGCACUUUUAAUGAGGCGAAAUUCAUCACUUUCAGCAUGCUGGUGUUUUGCAGUGUGUGGGUCUCUUUCGUUCCAACUUACCUGAGCACAAAGGGAAAAUACAUGGUGGUGGUUGAGAUCUUCUCCAUCUUGGCUUCAAGUGUUGGGUUGUUGGGUUGUAUCUUUUCCCCCAAAUGUUAUAUAAUUGCUCUAAGGCCUGAGUUGAACAGCAAGGAACACUUAACAAGGAGAAAUAACUAA